AUGGGUUGUGGGGACAGUAAAAGGAGUAUCCUUGCGGGACUAAAUUCACAAACUGACUAUAUUAAAGGUCUAAACCAGAAAUUGCAGCAGGAAAUUGAUCUAGUUAAAAGAGACUAUGAAAAAAAAGAAGCUGAGGAGCUUCUUAUCAUAAAAAAUUUCAAUGAUGAAAACCAAUCAUUAUGCGAAAAAAAAUCACGCCUUGAAAUACAGUUGAGGAAUCUUGACCCAAAAGCUGACGAAGUAAGAACUAAGCUUCAUAGUUUAGAAGCUGAGUUUAAGCUCACCAAAAAAGAAAUAAAACAAUUAGCAAAAGAACUAAAAUCUGCAGAAUAUGAAAAAAAUUCUAUUGAGAACAGCUAUAAUAGCAUAAGUCAAGAAGUAAAUAAUUUAUUGCAAGCAGAGCAUGAAUUAGAAGAAAAAAUUGAAAAUUUAGGGAACUCUGAGCAUCAGAUCUUGGAAUUGGAUAAUGAUGGCGAAAGGCUUGAACAAGAAUUAAAGGAAAAGGAGAAAACAAUCCAAGAUUUAGAGGAAAGCAUCAAGAGAAAGCAAGCAGAAAAUAGAGAAAAAGAUGAUCUAAAAAAGCAGAUUGAAGAGAUUUUAGGAAAUACUAAAAAUACUCUGAUGGAGCUUCAAGGAGUAAAAGAUGAAAUUCAUGAAAUUGAAGAAAUCCAAAGAGAAGCUGACGAAAAGCUCGAUGAAAACCAAAAAUUGGAGCAAGAUAUUCAAUCUGCUGAAAUCACACAAGAAGAAAUUGCUGCAGAGCUUGAAUUAGACAAAGAAAUUGAGAAAUUGACCAAUUCGAUUAAUGAAGCAACUGAAACUAACGAAAAGAGAAAUAAUUUAUCUGAUAAAUUGCAAGAAGUUUUGUCAACACAGAAUGCAUAUAAUGCCACAAAAACUGGUCUGGAAAAUGAAAUAAAUGGAAUCCAAGAAGAGAUUGAGAGGCUAAAGCGUGAAAAAGAAGAAGCGCUAAAUGAAAAAUUAAACCAGGGUAUUAAUGAAUUGAACAGUAGAAUAACAGAAAACAACGAUAAUUACGAAAAAGAGCUUCAAGGGCUGCAAGCCGAGAUUGAAGAGCUAGAGAAGAAAAGGCAGCAUAGGCUUGAUAAAAGAGAUAAAGAACAAAAAGAAGUCGAAGAAUUAAGGCAAGAACUUGAAGCAAUUCUAAACAGCCCAGUAAUUGAAGAAAAAGCAGAAGAAACCAAAGAGCCACAAGUUGAUCCUGAACCAACUAAAGUUGAUCCUGAACCAACUAAAGUUGAUCCUGAACCGACUAAAGUUGAGCCUGAGGUUCCGGAACCUCAGACAAUAGUUGAAAUGCCUCCACAAGCAGUUCGAUAUGAAAUUCCCGUUAAGCUUCGGCAUGCAACAACUGGAUGGGCUCUUCAUUCACAUUCCAUUAAUUAUCAAGGAGGCUCUCGCCAACAAGAAGUCACAUGCUAUGAAGGCCGAGAUGAGAACGACUGAUGGGUUAUAAGAGCUAUUCCACCCAAAAAGGGAGAAAAAGUUAAGGGAGGCAGAUUUCGAGUCGGCGCUGAGAUUCCAAAUGGCACAACUUUUACUCUCAUGCAUCUAACCACAAAGAAAAACCUCCACUCUAAUUCAGGGGUUCAGUCUCCUGCAACUUCCCAACAAGAAGUUACUUGCUUUGGGGAAUUUGGAGUUGGCGAUAAGAAAGACAUUUGGAAGCUUGAAAUUCCUGGUGGGGAGAGUAAAGAGCCUUGGAUGUCCAAUAUGAGGGUAAAAUUAAUACAUGUAGCAACAAAUUUCGCGCUGCAUUCUCAUGGAGGACACCAGACACAUUCUUGGCAACAAGAAGUGACUUGCUAUGAGGGAAGGGAUGAUAAUGAUCUAUGGACGAUCGAAAGAAUAGCAUAG